AUGCAAGCCACCCGGGCGUCCACCACCGUCAGUGUGUUUGCGGACUGCAGCAUCCCGGCCGGGCUCCGGAUAGGACCGGUACCGGGCAUCUUCAAACUGGGGAAGUACGUGUCGGAUCGCAAGGAAGUUGGACCAAAGAAGAAGAUCCGCCUGGUCCGCGGGGAGUUCGUGGACGAGUCGGGCUGUCCCAUACCAGACUGGGUCGGAUUCAUCCGCGCCGCCAGGAACAGUCAAGAGCAAAACCUGGAGGCUGUGUCGGACUUACCUGGUGGACAGAUUUUCUACCGUGUGCUGAAAGAAAUCCCUGCAGGAGAGGAGCUCAGCGUGUGGUACUCCAACGCUCUGGCCCAGUGGUACGACAUCCCCACCACGGCCACUCCCACGCACGACGAGAAAGGUGAGGAGCGUUACAUCUGCUGGUACUGCUGGAGAAUAUUCAAAUACCCCAACACACUCAAGGCCCACGUCCACUUCCACUGCGCUCUGAGCAACGGGCGGGGGUUUGUGAGCAGCGAGCAGGCCAGAGGCACAGAGACUUUCAGCAGGUCCCCAAAGUCCGGAGACAUCCCCAACACCUCCACCUCUCCGAGGGGCGGCCACAGUAACUCUUCCUUCUCAGACUCGGGCAGGCGGGCAGUGUCCUCCUCGUCAUUUCUAAACAAAGCGGGGCUGUCGAAGAAAAGCAGCUCGGAGGAGCAGGACAGGGCCCUCGACAUGAGCGUCACCUCAGCCAGAAACCAAGGACAGCUCCUCAGCCUGGGCGCCACAUCCUCCGUGCUGAGCAGCAUGGGCUUCCACCCAGGCGUGCGCUCUGCCUUCAAGCCGACCGGCGUCUCCAAAGUCCCGGGCUCGGAUGCUUCCAGGGAGGACGCCAACGGCAAGCUGAGCGGCCUGGGAUUCAGCAAACUCAUUGGGAGCAUGAAACCACUCCGCAACGUGGGCGAGACUCUAAAUGGAGGAGGGAACCAUCCUCCAAAAUGCGCACCUGCGAUCAUGGACGCCGCCUCUCCAAUGGUCCCAUGCACAAACGCUAUCCGGGGUUUCCCGCUGAUGCCUCACAUGGAGGAGACCUCGGCUUUUAAGCACGUAGAGAGCCGGAUGCACUCCGGCCUGUCCCCAUCCCGUUACCCGCAAAUGCCCCCUGGACUCCAUUUUGAGCGGUUUUCUCUCCCUCACUUCGAUGGUGUCAAGACUUAUGGGGGAGACUGUAACAUCCCAUUGAUGCCCUUCACAGUCUACAACGGGGAGCUUCUGUACAGCUCACCUUACUAUCCGCUGAAAUUCCACUUCGGCAACCUCCUCAAGUACCCAGAGUCCAUGUCCUACUUUAGUGCGCCCUCACUGAGCCAAGACCUGGGCUCCAUCACCAACAUCGACCGGGAGAUCGCCAUGCACACGCAACAGCUGUCCGAAAUCGCUGCGGAGAAAAACCGGACGAGGCUGGAAUCGAUGCCUGCCGGGGGGGCCAGCAACGCCGGCUCCGGUAAACAAAAAGGACACCUGUGUCUGUACUGCGGCAAGCUGUACUCCAGAAAAUACGGCCUGAAAAUCCACAUGAGGACUCACACAGGUUACAAACCGCUCAAGUGCAAGGUGUGCUUCAGGCCCUUCGGAGACCCCAGCAACCUGAACAAACACAUCCGGCUUCACGCCGAGGGAAACACCCCCUACAGGUGCGACUUCUGCGGCAAGGUGCUGGUGCGGAGGCGGGACCUGGAGAGGCAUGUCAAGUCCAGACACCCAGGACAGACCGUCAAGAAACUGGACGACAAGCCGGGCGGCCUGUUCGAGGACGCAGAGCAAAAGAGCGACAAUGACAGUGAUGUAGACGUGUGCUUCACCGACGACCAGAGCGACCAAGAGUCGAGCAAAAACAAUGACUGA